AUGGCUGACAAAGAACUGGGCGAGGCUGAUAGUGUCAGCAUGGCUGAUGACAAUGACGACAAUGUCAAUACAAAGGAGUGUCAAUACAAAGAAGGGGUAGAUGUAGAAAAUGGGGCGCAAUUUGGAAAUGUUUGUACUAGGUUGGGACGGAGUGUAAAGGAACUACUAUCAAUGCAAAUAGGAGCGCAUCAUCAAACAGGGGACUUUGAGGACCCUGAUAACUUGCGCUUGUACCAGCAGCUGUACAGCUAUGCAACUGAGGGUAAGAAGGGUAUCUUUAACGACACUAUUGCAAAGAAGCUUCAUGAUCCAAAUGCUAGCAUUCAGCUUCUGUCUCGACGGAGCCCCGAGAAUAACACAUUUGUUCACAUAGCUGUGACCUUCGGCCAUGCCCAACUAGCGGCUGAGAUCUUACAACUUCACAAGCCUCUUUUGUUAGAGAAAAACUUUGAGGGCGACACUGCGCUCCACAUUGCAGCCAAACCGGAGAUGUAG